AUGAAUAUUGUAAAAAAGGAACAAUCUUAUUAUUAUAAAACAUAUUCACCUUCAUUGAUAACAUCAACAAAUGAUUUAAAUUCAAAAACAAUAUUUCCAUCAGAAAUAAAUACAGUAUCAUCAAAGUCAUUUGGAAAAAGUAUGAUAGAUAUAUCAAAAAUAGAUGAUAAAAUAAAAAUGGAGAAAUUAUGUUUUGAUUAUACUAAAGAUGGUCCAUUUUGGACAGAUAUUCAUGAAGAACUAGAACAACAACAACAAAAUAAUCAUCAGUUAUCAUCAGCUUCAUCAUCUUGUACUUUAACAUCAAGAGAAACGAUAGGUAACUUAAAUUAUUACAAUUCUCAUAAUCAAAAUUGUGAUACAUAUAUUGAGAAAGAAAUCAAUAGUCAUUUAUUACUUAAUACACAAGAUAUUUGCAAUAGUAAAAAGAUGAAUAAAUUAGAUAAUAACAUAUCAUCAAUGUCUGAAAUUACACGUUCAAGAACAACAACUAUGUCAACAACAAUGACAACAGUAAUAGCGACGACGACAACAAUAACAACUACAGGUAUGAAGUCUAUACAACCGUAUAAAUGGUUACAGAUAAAACGACAACAGCCACGUCAAAAUAUAACAAAUAACAGUAAGUAUGCUAUUAAUGUCAUUUUAAGCAAAGUGUACAUUCAAUAUGAUAAUUAA